AUGGCCACAGACGUUAAGAUCUAUCUGGCCGACGAUAGAAAUAUCAAUACUCAAGCUGUGAUAGUUAAGAUGUCACAGAAGUACGAAAUUAUAGUCAGAAUGAGCGAUUUGCUCACAUUAGAAAUAACCGUAACUGGUCUACCUAAUAACGUAGAUCCACUAAAGAAUCAGUUAGAUAAUAAUUGCUUAAAACCAUAUACACCACCGUCAGACACAGUCAAGGAAAUAAUACCUGACUUUGCAAAUGCAAUAAUGGAUCUUAUAUUAGUGAAUAAGAAGGUAAAGAUUACUGACUGGGCGAAAUUCCGCUUGAACGACGGAUAUGUCAGCCUUAACUUAACCAAGGUAGAUUUUACUAUGCUAAAAUAUCCUUUCUGGAACUAUGUUUCUUGGAUACAUGAAGCAGUAGUAAAAGAACAAGUUAAAAAAUGGUUAGUCGAUGAGGUAAUAUAA